UGGCGGUCAAUUGAAUGCAUUGAAAGCAUUGAUUGAUUGUCUCAUUAAUAAUACUAUUGAAGUAAUUAUUAAUUAAAGUUUUAAAAAGUUUUACCGAUUUUUUUUUUGUUGGCCAUCACUGACCAUCACUGACCACAAUGAGUCUUAACGAUGAACGUAUGGACUCUAAAAAAUUGUACGAUUAUUGUCAACUGGCCGAAGAUAUUACCUUAAAUGUUGUCCAAUGUUUGGCCGACAAUCAACACAAUCAGUUUGACCGGCGACACAGCGAUUGGCGACAAUUAGCCGAUAAGUUUACCGAUGAAAUGAAACAAUUGGCAGAACUAAGGCAACAAUUGGACACUGAAGUAGAGGCCACAUACAAGACUGACGUACAGCUGAAACAAUUGCUGGCCGAUAGCGAACAGUUGGCCGCCACCGCCGCCGAUGAUGAUGUCGGCGACGACAACGAAGACAACGAUAAUCGUCGGCAACUACUAACUAAUGUCUCAGUUGGCGAUAUGUUUACCGAUAAUUUAGGUAAACUUUUAGCGUCGGCGGCCAAAAAGUCCACUGUUCUCACCGACAACAAUGAAAACUACGGUAAACUAAUGGAAGUAUUGAACGAAAUGGUCGAAGACAUGGAUGAUGCAGACGAUGGCGAUUCAGACAAUAAUCAGACGACGACGGCUACUAAUGGCGGCCGCAAUCAGACUAAUAUGAAUGACGGCAACGACAACGAUGACGGCGACGACGACGAAGAGUUGGUAACAUUGGAUAAUCGUCAGCCAAAACGUAUACCAAUUGAUCCGUUUAGUAAAAAACCGAUUGAACUACCCGUCCGAUCGAUUACAUGCGGCCACAUAUACGAUCGCAAUCAACUGGAACUGGUACUCAAGUCACGGGCGGCCGAUUCAAACCAAUGGAUCAGUUGUCCGACAGUUGGCUGCAGUAAUCGUAAGCUAACGCUUGCGGAUGUGGUCGACGAUCGCAAAACCCGAACAUUAAUUAAUAAACUCAAACGUAACUAAAUAAUUA